GCAGAUUUUCCCAGAAAAACCCACAACUCUAUUUUUCUUUUCCGCCAAGCUAAAUCUAAAACCCUUUAUAGAAUCUCCCUUCGGAAGAAAAAAAAAAAGGGAAAAUGGUAGGGGCGAAUCUGAAAUCGGAGACAAUGAAGUUGAUGGAGAAGAGAAGCGGGAUGGAGGCUGAGAUGAACGCUAUCAUUGAGCAGCUUUGUCAGCCUGGUGGUCCUGGUCUCUCUGGCAACCUCGUCGAUUCCGAAGGAUUUCCUCGAGCUGAUAUUGAUAUCCCAGUUGUUCGAGCUCAACGAAAUCGUCUUGCUGAAUUGAAAAAUGAUCACAAGGAAAUUACAGAGAAGAUAAGCGUAAAUAUUCAAGUUCUGCAUUCAUCAAGACUUACUUCCACCCCAAAAGAUUCAGGUGUUGAUGGGGGUUUGAUGAAUCAAAAUGCAUCAGUUGUCAGUGCCAGCGCGUCUGCAUCCUUGGAAAACCUUGUUCUGAGAGAUUCUCUGAGUGCCAAUGAUGUGGAUAUGAUUUCUAGUGUACCCUUUGCAAUGGUUGAUGAAAUAGCUGAUGCAUCCCCAGCAGCAGAGGAUGGUUUACAGCUUGGGGAUCAGAUUGUGAAAUUUGGUAAUGUGAAAGCUGGUGACAAUUUGCUACAACGGCUUGCUUCUGAAGCUCAGGUGAAUCAGGGUCACCCAAUACCUGUCAUAAUUAUGAGACAAGGUGCAUUGGUUAAUCUCGUAGUGACUCCUAGAACUUGGCAAGGCAGGGGUCUGCUAGGAAAAAGGUUGAGGUCAGAAAAUCAUGAUUGAUCAUGAACAGUAAUACCUGAAUACUAUAUAUUUAUGCAAUCAGGUAGGAGUGACAAACACGGAUUUAUAUAUUAUUGCUGUAGUAAACUUAAUUGGUUUUGCUUUACAUAUGCAUCAAUUGGAAAGAUAAAUUCCUUGAGUGAUGCUGCUUAUUUGCUUUUGGACAUUUACUAAUUUGUGGCUGAUGUUGGAUUC